AUGACGACUUCACUGAUCUUGCAUCCACGCUGGGCGGAUACCUUCAUGUACGUGUAUGAGGAGAACCCGAAUGAAAAUAACCAGAAUAAAAUCCCAGCCAUGGAAGGACUCGGUGGCAACUGCCCAGCGAGCCACUGCAGGGAUCUAAUCUCUCACCCGGUCUUGGGUCGCCACUCCAGCUCCAUUGGGACUCACCAGGGGUCUGUCUACACGGAUAUACCUGCUCCAGACGCCGCCAGGCAGUGCCCGGCUCCGCCAGCCUCGUCCAACGCCGCCCUGGGCUACGGCUACCCCUUUGGAGGCAGCUACUACGGAUGCCGGCUGUCCCAUUCCCACAACGUGAACUUACAACAGAAGCCUUGUUCUUACCACCCCGCCGAGAAAUACCCCGAGCCCAGCGGCUCCCUCCCCAGCGAAGAACUAUCCUCAAGGGCCAAAGAGUUUGCUUUUUACCCGAGCUUUGCCAGCUCCUACCAGGCGGUCCCUGGUUAUUUGGACGUAUCCGUGGUGCCAGGGAUCAGUGGGCACCCGGAGCCAAGGCACGACGCGCUGCUUCCCAUGGAAGGCUACCAGCACUGGGCUCUUUCCAACGGCUGGGACGGGCAGGUCUACUGCUCGAAAGAGCAGUCGCAGUCGACCCAUCUCUGGAAAUCACCUUUCCCAGAUGUGGUACCUCUUCAGCCAGAAGUGAGCAGCUACCGUAGGGGCAGAAAGAAAAGAGUCCCCUACACGAAAAUCCAGCUGAAAGAAUUAGAAAAGGAAUACGCCGCCAGCAAGUUCAUUACCAAAGAGAAGCGGAGGAGGAUUUCAGCGACCACUAACCUUUCCGAGCGCCAGGUUACCAUUUGGUUUCAGAACCGCAGGGUGAAAGAGAAAAAAGUGGUUAGCAAAUCCAAGACACCUCACCUUCAUGCUACUUGA